AACGAGCGCGCCCGGGCUCAGCCGGCGGGUGGGGAGGCGUGCGUCGCUGGGAGAGCCGCUGCUUUUGGGGGAGGGAGCAGCUCAGCGCCUAUAUCCACCUCCCCGCCAGCAGCCUCCCUGGCACAGCCGGCGGGUCCCGGACCGAGCGGCGACCCCUGCAAGCGGCUGCCCGCGGAGCUGGGGGAGCACCCCGUCCUCCCUCCCUGGCCAUGGGCACCGGGCGGGACGUGUGCGCGCUCCUCUCCGCGGCGUUGCUCGCCGCCCAGGCUUUCCCCCAGACAAACAUAAAGAUCAGCCAAGCCAUGCCGGAGCCCGUCCAUGCCUACUCCUGCCCGCUCUUCUGGACCGAGUACGAAGGCCAUUGCUACCGGUACUUCCCCAUCAACAAAACCUGGGCUGAAGCUGACCUCUAUUGUGCCGAGUUCUCCAUUGGCAUCAGAUCAGCCAAGCUGGCCUCCAUCCACAGCUGGGAAGAAAAUGUCUUCGUGUACGACCUGGUGAACAGCCGCGUGCCGGGCAUCCCCACCGACAUCUGGACGGGGCUCAAUGACCUGCGGCAGGAGGGUCACUUUGAGUGGACGGACGGCUCCUCCUACGACUACCACUACUGGGACGGCAGUCAGCCCGAUGACGGGAUCCACUCCAUCCCGGAGGAGGAGGACUGCGUGCAGAUCUGGUACAGGCACAGCAGCGCGCUGCGCUCCUGGAACGACAACGCCUGCGGCAGAGCCUUCCCCUUCGUCUGCAAGAUCCCCUCGCUGGCCCUGGACUGAGGCUGCUGGCGCUGCCCGCGCCCCCCUCAUUUUGGGUCACCUCUCCAGCCAUGCCGGGGAAGAGCGGCCAGGACACGGCACGGGUGGCGAGAGCCGCGGAGCUGCUCGACAUCCCCAGCCAGACCCCGGCUGCGAAAUCCCCCCUGGGAGUGCUGGGGGGACGAACCUGGCGCUCACCCUCCCCACGGGCAAACGGCGGUGGGAGCUGUGUUAAACAGCGAAGGAGCCCCCCAAGUCUGAGCCUGGCUUUGGGUUUCGGAUCAACUAUCGCAGCGUAUUAGAGGAAAGCCAUGAUUUUAUCAAUACACCAAACUGUUAGCACCAAAAAAUAGCCGUGCGUAGGAAAUGAUUUUGCCCGUUGAUCCAUGAAGAGUGGAGGAAAAGUGUUAUUUUUCCGUUAAGUUAUGCAAAAUGCCUCUUGCGCGCGUUAUUUUUCUCUCUGCUAAAAUAAACAGCA